UCAGUCGUCUGUUCGCUUUGAAAGUUUGUGAGAAACAGAAUAAUGUGAUCGUACGUUAGUGUGUUCUGUAGUGCCAAAAUUCUUCCCAAUGACGAUUUAAAGGUUCUACGAUCGGGGGACAUGACCAGUGCGGCACCUGCUGGUAGAAAACCCGCACUGUGCCGCUUUUUUGUUAACACCCGCUCGUGUGUGUACGGGGAAGAGUGUCAGUUUCUUCAUCAGAACCCCGACAUGAUGAGUGGAGUCCAUCCGCCAGCUGCUUAUCCAAGUUCUUUACCUGCUCAACCAGAAUCUGUAGACAGUCAUGGUGACACAAUCGCAAAUAAUGGAGACCAAUUUUUCAAUGCAACCUUCAAUUCUGGUGGACAAAUGCCGGAGUUUCAACAGUUCAUUCAGAGACCAAGGCCUAGGACACGUAACAAUCCCCUGACAUCAAUGGCAAGAGGCAUGAAGCCUUUUGUGCCUCAGAUGAACAGAGGGGAACCUGGAUUUGCAGACAGCUUUGCGGCUCUCAAUCUUGCCAAUUCCAGUAACAAGAGUUCUGUCAACCCUGGUGCUAAUGAAUUCGUGCCUAAAGCAGCCUCCAUUUCCCACAGUUCCAGCUCACCUUCAUUCUCAUCGUUCAACAACAUCACACCCAUGCCAACAAGUACGCACAGUAACCAUGUCAUUAACAGUAGCUCCACCCUGUCAACUGGAGUGAGUCCCACCCCCAGCCCUGGUAUGUCUCCAGCGGACUCUCCUCUCAUGAUGAGACGGAAUGCCUCACCAGUUACUCCAUUGCAAGGCCCAAAUAAUAAUGCAGGAACAAUCCAGGAGAAUGUUGGAGGUACAACAUACUUUUAUUCUGCUGAAGAUUUUGCUCCCCAGUAUCAAGGAAUGGCUCUUCCUAACUUUACCAUGUUCCCAGCGCUCCCUCCACAUAUUGCCCACAUGAAGGUUAAAGCAAAUAUGCCACAGUUCUUCAUGCCCGAUGAAAUCAAAAUGGACUUACUUAACAGGCAUGCCCUUACUUUGGCACAGCUUGAUCCUGAGCAAAAUCCAGAUAUUCCUCCAGAAGUGGACAAUUACCACAACCUGUUUCCUUUGGAACCACCACAAGGCAACAACCUACAAAAAUCUACAACAUUUGGGUAUCCAACUACAUGUUAUAAGGCUGUCAAUACCAAAGACGGAAUGACAUAUUGUUUGAAAAGAAUUCAUGGCUUUAGGUUGGUGAACACAAAGUGCAUGGCUGUCAUCGACAUGUGGAAAAAGUUAUACCAUCCAAAUAUUGUCCAGCUGAGAGAAGUCUUCACAACAAAAGCAUUUGGCGAUCACUCCAUGGUGUUUGUGUAUGAUUACCAUCCUGCUGCUGAGACUCUAAUGGCUCGUCACUUCAACAACCCAACUCAUCUGAAUGGCUUUACCAGUCCUUACAAUCUAGAUGGUUCAGCUAGGCCCUACAGUGCUGGCAAAGGGGCCAAUGGUCCACGGCAGCAUGCAGGACUCUUGCCUGAGAGUUUAAUUUGGGCAUAUGUGGUACAACUGAGCUCUGCCCUAAGAGCUAUCCAUGCUGCUGGCUUGGCUUGCAGAGCCAUGGACCCUACAAAAAUACUCAUCUGCAGUAAAUCCAGGUUGAGAAUUAACUGUAUGGGAAUCUUUGAUGUGUUGACGUUUGACUCGAGUCAGAACAAUCCAGUGGCCAUGAUGCCUCAUUAUCAGCAAGAUGAUCUGGUGUCUUUGGGCAAGGUGGUUCUGGCCCUUGCCUGCAACUCCGUCUUAGGGAUUCAGCGCGAACACAUCCAGACGUCCAUGGAACUUGUUGCAAGAAACUACUCGGCAGAUCUCAAAAAUCUCAUCUUAUACUUACUUACCAAUCAAACUCGUCCUCGAAGUAUCAAUGACAUAAUGCCCAUGAUUGGGGCCCGGUUUUACACACAGCUGGAUGCUGCACAAUUAAGAAAUGAUGUGAUUGAAAAUGAACUUGCAAAGGAAGUAGAGAAUGGUCGUUUAAUGCGUUUACUGUGUAAACUGGGAACUGUCAACGAGAGGCCAGAGUUUAACAUGGACACCACAUGGUCAGAGACAGGAGAUAGGUACAUGCUGAAACUGUUUCGUGACUAUUUGUUCCACCAAGUUGAUGAAAACGGUGCCCCAUGGGUGGACAUGGCUCAUAUUGUGCAGUGUUUGAACAAGUUGGAUGCUGGUGUACCGGAAAAGGUUUGUCUGAUGUCUCGAGAUGAACAGAAUAUCAUCACUGUUAGUUAUACAGAGCUCAAGCGUUGUUUCCAGUCGGCUUUUUCAGAGCUGUUGUCUGCUAGUCACCAAAGUGGCUUUUCUUAGCUUCCACCUGAGAAACCUGUCCAAUUAGGGAAUUGAUGCACUCUCAAUAACCAACUAUCCGUGAUUUACUUUGAUUGAUAGCUGCUGAUGCUGUCAGACCAAAUUUUCUGUUUUCCAUGCCGAAAAGCAAAGUGUGGAGGACAGACAUGUGUAUUGUACAUUAAAGUCACUUGAGCAUUUCUAUAAUAUUUACAUAUUUAUUCAACCCAUCAUUUCACAUAUACAUGUAAUAUUUAAUAGCAUCAUUGGACCCAGAUCUGUUUUAACCUUCCUGUCAUGCAGGGAUUGUUUUGUGGACUGACUGAGAAGAACUUGUAUUUUUGUACUGCAAAGAUGUUGACUUUGCAACAAUUUGUUACAUGUUUAUUCUUACAAGUACUAUUUUGGACCACUAUUGAAGAUUGGGAUGUAACGAGGACAUUAUGUAUAUCAUGAUGACAUAUGUGCAGCGUGUUCUGUUACCAGUGAGUUAACAUUCUACUGUCCUGGAUUUGUUUACCUAUGAGGGUAUGGCAUACUUGCUACUGCACACCAGGGGCCGAUCAUGAAGCUCACUUAGCUAAGUUGGCCCUUACCUACCAUGACAAUAUAUGUUUUGGAGAUGUAAAAUACACUUAACUGAGGACAACGUAACACUAAGUAUGCUUCAUGAAAUCGGCCCCUGGUGUUUGCAUUGUACAAUAUUGGUACUCUGUUGGUGUAAAGCUAGGUACUACAGUGAACUCUGCUGAAUAAACAACAGCCAGGUAAAUGGGUUUUUGGGUUGCACUGUAUAUGCCGUUGAUCUCAUUACCAUGCCUCCCUCUAGAAUCUCAAACAUGUUCUGCCAUCUUUAGGACUUUUCUCUGCAAACAUGUAUCACAUGUGAAAUUUGCUAUUUAUUCCAGUUCAAGCGCACACAGUAAUAUUAUUAAUGUGUGUAACAAAGCUGACUUGAGCCAGUACAUUUUGCACACAUGUAUUCCUGACAGCUUUAGAAACCCCCAUAGGUUCUGAGUUGUACUGAACACUUAAGCAUCUCCAAUGGCUAUAUUUACAAUAAUAUUCAAACUCCUCAUCUGUUUAUAUUUCAUCUUGCCAGUGACUUGGUCUUCCUGCAAUGGGUUUAAUAACCAUGAUGUGGUAGGCAAAUAAGUUAUGGGGACACAUAGUUGUGACUUCUUUAGAGCAUUCCAAAACCAAGCCUGAGCCCUUUGUCAUCGGAUUAUCGUUGGACAGCUUUUGUGGGUUGGGAUAACAACGGCUAUGGAGAUAAAGAAAGCUGAGCCUUAUACUCCGGGCAUCACUUGGAAACUUGAUUUGUUUGCAUAGCAUGUGCAUGUUACCAGAUUUCUGGCAUUGUUUUUCUGGUUGUUUAUUUUUAACAUCUUGGUCAGUAAUUAUGAAUAUCAUUCAGUGCUCUUUUGAGAUCUCUUGUGCUCCAUUUUAAUGUGUACAUUAAAGAGCUAUGUUUCACAUUGUCUUGUGGCAAUUGCUUACAUGCCUCUUAUUCCAUGUAUUUGGCGUUAGUGCAAUAGCAGAGGAGAGUACUAGUAGUACACAAUGUGUAAAACACGGCCUUACAUUAAUUUUCUGUACAAUGUCUUGGUUGUUUUAGAUUCAGCUGUAUGCAAUGCAAAUAACAAAUCAAGGUAAUAGAAAAAUUGUGGGACACAAACAAAAAUCAUCUGAAAUAAUAUCAUGUUAUGCUUUAAGGCUGGGUUAGAUUCAUGUUUGGGAUGUAUUUCCAUUGGGGGACAGAAGAAAGGAUCUUCAGCGUAAAGAGAAGUGCAUACUAUCCGUCGUUGACGAUAUGUGAAAAACAUGUAUUUAAUGGAUUGUGCUUUGUCUACGUUCAGCGUCCAUUCUCAGUGCUAGAGUUGUGUUCAUCCGAGUUGACACUCACGUGGUAGUGGUCCAGACUGCCAAACUUGAACAAACCAUAAUGUAGGUUUGGGUUUAAAGAAGCUUAAUUUGAGGAUUAUCAGAAACAAUAGGUAAAGAAAUUAAGUCCAUAUGAUGUAUUUUCGCUUUAGAGAAUGUUGUGAACAUUGAUUAUAUGUAAAGAAAAAUUGAAGUAAAUGAAUAAUGGGUUCUACAACCUAGGGUUGAGACUCUCAGUACAAGUCUAAGAUACCCCAAGACGUGUAUUAAUUGGUUAAAGCUCAUGACAGUGUUGACCGGUCAGCACCCAGAUUUAUCCUUGGGUUGAUUUUCAUAUCCUUAUUGUUUAAGGGGACAUGGAAUUGAUAUUUUUCCAAGGAUAAAUAGAACCAUGUAAAUAAAAUAUGUAUAAUAGGUCUUGUAUAGGAAACCGUUCCCCGAAUUGUAUACAAUGUCGCUUUGUUGAAUAUUUUUUGGGGAGAAGUGUUAUGUUGUCAAAAUCACAUUUGUACAGAUUGUUAAAAUGCUGUAUGUUUUUAAAGAUUUAUCAUGUUACUAAAGUAAAUAAAAAAGAAGUUACACCUUU